GUUCGUUCUCGGAUCGGAUGUUCAUAUCGAAGGAGACACACACAAUAGGUGAUGCAGGGUGACAAUGGACUGGUCACCGUCGCCUCGAAUCAGCCUGCGAAUGCUCUGAACGCACACGAUGGCGCCGCGCAGAAAGCUGACCUCGUGCGUCAGUUGACGAGCGCAGGGAGCAGCACUGAAGCAGGAUUGUUCGCGCAGUUGUCGAGUAACCCUCUUUUCACAGGCGGGUUUGCCCUUGCCAGUCUUGGUGCGCUCGCGGCAACUGCCCGAAGAGGUGUAAAGCUGGGAGCUCACCUCCUGCGACGCCGUCUUCUUGUCGAUGUCGAAAUCAACGUCCGCGAUGAUUCCUACCCCUGGUUCCUAGAUUGGAUGACAUUUCAUGAGCAAGGGAGAUUGACAGCAAGGGCCUCGGGGCUGAAGAGGGGUGUCUUUCAGUCUAUCCUGGAGCGUGUCACACCGGGCAUACACCAUCUAUCCAUCAAGACGGAGAAGCAGGAACUGCCCAAUGGUGCCCUGCACACCAACUUUUACCUGAUACCCGGCCCUGGUAGGCAUGUCCUUCGCUACAGAAAUGCGUGGAUAUGGGUGAACAGACAAAGAGAAGCCAAACAAGUCUCGAUGGAUGGGAAGCCCUGGGAGACCGUCACCUUGACGACGUUAUACGCACACCGACACGUCUUCGAGUCCCUUUUCCAAGAGGCGUCCGAUCUGGCCACACAGGCUGUCGAGGGCAAGACAGUCAUAUAUACUGCGUGGGGCACCAGAUGGGAUAAAUUCGGUCACCCACGAAGCAAGCGCCCUCUCGAGUCUGUCAUUCUGGACGAGGGUGUCAAGGAAAGAAUUGUGGAGGACGUGCAAGACUUUCUCUCAUCCUCCAAAUGGUACUAUGAGCGAGGCAUUCCGUAUCGUCGAGGUUAUCUCCUAUACGGGCCUCCGGGGACGGGCAAGUCUUCGUUCAUCCAGGCGUUGGCAGGCUACCUAAAUUAUGACAUUGCUAUGCUGAAUCUUAGCGAACGCGGUCUCACGGAUGACCGACUUAAUCACCUCUUGACUGUCAUUCCUCAGAGAACAUUGAUCUUGCUGGAAGAUGUCGACGCCGCGUUCGCCAACCGGCGCCAGGUGGAAGCAGACGGUUAUGCAGGCGCGAAUGUCACCUUCUCCGGGCUCUUGAACGCUCUCGAUGGCGUUGCAAGUGCCGAAGAACGCAUCAUCUUCCUCACCACGAACCAUGUCGAGCGCCUUGACGAAGCAUUGGUCCGGCCGGGCCGCGUCGACAUGACUGUACGCCUCGGUGAAGCGACGACAUACCAAAUCUGUCAGCUUUGGGAGCGAUUCUACAGCGAGGAUGAUCCCGACGGCAAAUUCAAGCAACAAUUCUGUAAAAAACUGGUCGAAGUUGGAGCCUUGUCAGAACCGAAUGCGAGAGUCAGCCGAACCAGCAUGGCGGCAUUGCAAGGACUGUUCUUGUACAAUAAGGGUGAUCCUGAAGGAGCCAUUAAUAUGGCAUGGCAGCUGGCGCCUGGUGAAAUGCCCACUGUAUUAACACAAUCGCAAGCCCGCGACAGUUAGCUGCGUCAGAGGCUUUCGAAGGAUCUGGGGUGCUUGGGACACCGGUUUGUAGAUACGAAAAUGAUACCCUUCUGUACCACUCACUCCAUAUCUAAUCCAAGACGAGUCAUGCCGAAUAGUCC